GAAAAAGUAACAGAAGUUUUCCCAUAUAGUUAAAUUUUCUUAUAAUUAACAAGUUUGUAAUUAAUUAAUUAGGUUCCACAGUUUUAGGUCACGGGUGAUGGUUUAAAGGCCACAAAAAAAAUAAUGGAUUAUUCCACGGCUCGUUUAUUUAUACGGAGCAACUAAUCUAAAUCCAACAACAACUGUACUAAAUAAAUAAAAAAAAAACAAACUAUGCUUCACAUAUUCAAUUGAAUAAGAUCAUUACUACAGCUAUCACCUAAUACCAAUAGAACUACCAUCGUUUUUAUAUCCAAGUAGUAACAAGCAUAGACCUGCCACCCCAUAUUUCCAUUUUCCCCGCGACACAUGUCAGCUGCUCAAUCACCAUCGUAUGGGUCUAUAGAUGACCACAAUCGACCUACUCCCCGUCCUUCACCCAGUUUGAGAGCACAAGAAGCUCCACCUACCUUAGAUAAUAUUGAAACACACAAAAAUGAUAACAUCCUUGAUAGAUUGGGAAUAUCUACUUCCUACACACUUGAAAACAAGGGAUCGGUUGCUCGAGAUCAUAUGGCCAAUGAACGAACAUUUCUAGCAUGGCUACGCACAUCACUUGCAUUUAUAACUAUUGGAAUUGGAGUAACUCAGCUUCUACGUAUCGAUAGACCAGGAUCUACUCCCAAUAGCAAAUUCGAAGUCAAUCAAGCAAUAUCAUUAAAACUUGGCAAAACCAUCGGGUCAAUUUUCAUCAUCAUCGGGAUAUUAUCAUUACUAUUUGGGUGCCAACGGUAUUUUGAAGUGCAGAAUAUGUUGACAAAGAAUCAUUAUCCUGCUGCUAGAUUAGGUAUCCUUGCUUUGAUAGUGUUGGUGCUUACUAUAAUUUUGUUUACAUUCUUUAUGGUUAUAAAAUCAUAAUCUUUAAAAUAGGAGUUUCGUAUUUUUGGGUGUAUAUUUUGUAUCAGUAGCAUAAUAGAUAAUUAAUGAGAAGCUAUUUAAAUAUAGAAGACUGUUUCUUCCAACGGUGAACUCGUCAGAAUUGCAAAAAGAAUCAUGGCUUAUCAGAUAACUAACUUUUGGAAUAAUAUUAGGGCAUAGCCCUAAGAAAAUAAACAGCACGUGCUAUAAUAUGCAAAUUUAAAAACUGCAAAUAAAUAUUUACUGGUUACGAAUCCAACAU